ACUUAGCCAUAAGCAUUCGUCAGCUGAAAUCAAAGAAUACAGUUUAUAUCAUUGGACAGCUUGGAAAUUCUGUAUCGACUGCAGGGAAAUUAAUAACCAAAAAAUAUGCAAAACGUCAUAAAAUGAAGGAUAAUUACUAUAAUUACCUAGAUAUUUCAGAAAGGUUUUCUGAAAUUUGCGCUGAAGACGUUUUCAACAGAAAAACAGUGAAUUUUAUUGAUGGAUGGGGUGGAUUGUGGAAUGAUAAUCCAUGUGAACAGCGAAUAACUCUGGAUACCCUAGAAAAAGUUGUAAAGCAUGGCGAAGCUUGUGGAGAUAAGAAGUUUGUAAUUGGGCUUCGUACAAGCAUAAGAGAAAAAUUACAAGAACAAUUAGAUGGGAUUGGUAUUCGAAUUGGAGAGAACGAAAGACAGUCCCUGGAUUCUAUCACCGAGUACAAGAUAGAAGCUAUUGAAGAAAAAAUUAGAAGGCUUCAAAGCUCGUGUUCAGAUAAUGACUGUGGUUGUAAAUCUUUAGACUAUGAAACUGUUUCUGGAAUCAAUCAAGUACCUAUAGGCGCAUAUCUGGUCGUUCAAUUAAUGAGUAUAGAUCACAGGAUGAUACAAGACUUUUUAGAUGAUAAUGUAGGCCCACUGCAAGCAGUUCAGAGGCAUUUUGAGGGGCUGAUUGAGGGUGACCAGACAUGGCCCUGGCUCCCGUAUUUUGUUUGUAUGGGUUAUCAUGACGAAACCGAAUUUUGCCAAGAUAUAGCAGAUGCAUUUGGAAUUUCAAAGUCCAUGCUGGCAAAUUGUGAAAAUAUAAUUAAAUACACAAAAACGGUCGAAAAACUUGCUCCCAUGUGGUCGAAUAGAUUCAAUCUAGUUAAGAGCUCAUACAAAAGACCACAAAACGUGCUUGUCUUUUGGCAUAAUUUUCUCUAUAUUUGUGCUUUUCAUGCAUGCUACAAAAGGUACCCAAAAGAGAUUAUGCGAUUUUGCAAUCUUGAUGCUAUUCUUCAACUAGUUCGUCCUAAGAAUCAUACUGAUCCUUUUACAAUUCAGGCACAUGAUGAAGAUAUUGAUUUCUUUUGCGAGGAGAGGUUGAAAAAUCUUGCUGAUGACAGUUUAUGUUCGGAACAUCCCUUAAUUAAAGACUGUACGAAUCGUAAAGAAAAUUUAUUGUAAUGCAAAGAACAUCUUUAAUCAUCUGAUCCGAAGGUUGAGAGAACUACAUUACUGUUAAGCCGACAUGUGCUAAUAUCAUAGAUCGUAUAAGGUAAAAACAAAUCAAACCUUGUUACUUGGUGGAUCUUGAGCUUUUGAAUGGAUUAAACAAAAAUAAUAAUUCAAACCUUUGAAUUUGCGGCUACAAAUGUUGCAAUUUCGGGAAGAAACAAACCUGUAUUGUAGUAACUGUUGUACUUUUUUAUUCUUAUGAAAAUGUGUUUUACAUACAUUUUAAUUAUACUCUGAACGAGCUUAAAGUAUGUUUGACAUUUGUUAUCAUGCAUUUGCUUUUUAAUGAGCAAAUUCAUAAUGUGAAGAUGAAUAUUCGUUCAAUGUUAGUGACAUGUGUUAGUCUAUGUGCUACAUACAACUCAACUGCAGAUACUCAAAUAUUUUAGGCGGGAAGCAAUGUUUUGCAACUUUCCUAUUAAUCAUUUUUACAUGUACAUGUUGAUGAACUGAUCUACUUAUGAUUGUCUACAUCUUUUUAUUCAUAUUUACAUGUUAAACGACGUUAUAUCAAGAAUUGCAAAAUACACGUAUACAUUGCUUUGCUGGCUACAUUUUUGUCAUGUUGAAAGGCAUUUUAACCUUGCUUUGCAUAUUUGAAAAAAACCUGUGCCUGCCAGGUAAUUUUUUUUUAGCUUUUCCACAGAAAUUAAUAUAUUAAAAGUAUCAUAAUUGUGUUGUUUGUCUUUGUAAAUUAGAAAAUGUUUUCUUUAUCAUUAUCACAACAGUAAAAUAUAAUGCAAUGUACACAGCUAAACAUUCAAUAUAGGACGGAUGGUAUUCACUUAAGUUUGAUUUUCAAGCUAAAUUCUAUA